AUAAUUUCAAGAAAACUAGGAACUUUGGCCGCAGGUUGGCACCACAAUCUAUACAAGUUCGGUUGCAUCACUGCUUCUUUCUCAUUUGUGCGUGCACGUUGACAAGAACUUGUCAAAAAUGUCGUCGAAGGUGUCUCGUGAUACUUUGUAUGAAUGCGUGAAUGGCGUUCUGGAGCACUCAAAGCAGAAGAAAAGGAAUUUCCUCGAAACGGUGGAGCUUCAAAUCGGACUGAAAAAUUAUGAUCCCCAAAAAGACAAACGUUUCAGUGGCACCGUCAAAUUGAAGCACAUCCCGCGCCCCAAAAUGCAGGUGUGCAUGUUGGGAGAUCAACAGCAUUGUGAUGAAGCUAAAGCUAAUAAUGUUCCAUACAUGGAUGUCGAAGCCUUAAAGAAGCUCAACAAGAAUAAGAAGCUCGUGAAAAAGCUGGCCAAAAAAUACGACGCAUUUUUGGCAUCGGAAGCUCUCAUUAAGCAAAUCCCACGUUUGUUAGGUCCAGGUCUUAACAAAGCUGGUAAAUUCCCUGGAUUGCUCUCACAUCAAGAAUCAAUGGUCCAGAAAAUCGACGAAGUCAAAGCCACUAUCAAAUUCCAAAUGAAAAAGGUCUUGUGUUUGUCUGUAGCGGUUGGUCAUGUUGACAUGACCUCUGACGAACUCGUCCAAAACGUUCAUCUCGCCAUCAAUUUCUUGGUGUCUUUGUUGAAGAAACAUUGGCAAAAUGUUAGGUCUCUACACGUCAAAUCGUCCAUGGGACCACCUCAAAGAUUGUAUUAAUUUUUGUGACAUACCUGAAUUGGUGAAAAAUAAAAAAAAAGUAAAGAA